UUCGGUGGAGCAAAGGGUGGUCCGUUGGGUGAGAGGGUGUGAGGGGAAGUAGCCUUUGGAGCAGCGCCUGAUGCCGAACGGGAGGGCUAAUGCGUCUUAGGCCUGUUCCGUGAGCCACCGCUGGGUCCUGGCGGGGGAGAGGGUGAGGAGAUGGGCAGGAACAGCCCUGGGGUUGGAAGUAUGUCGGGCCGGGACACCGCUAACAGGCUCUGUGCGUCUUCCUGUGAAGUUUUCAGUUGACCAAAGAAAUGGUGAUGGAGAAGCCAAGCCCCCUGCUGGUUGGGCGGGAGUUCGUGAGGCAGUAUUACACUCUGCUGAACCAGGCACCAGAUUACCUGCACAGGUUUUAUGGAAAGAAUUCUUCUUAUGUCCAUGGUGGGUUGGAUUCCAAUGGAAAACCAGCAGAUGCGGUCCAUGGGCAAACUGAUAUCCACAAGAAAGUGUUAUCCCUGGACUUUAAAGAUUGCCGAACCAAGAUCCGCCAUGUGGAUGCUCAUGCUACUAUUAAUGAUGGUGUUGUAGUACAGGUCAUGGGUGAACUCUCAAAUAACACACAACCUAUGCGGAGAUUCAUGCAGACUUUUGUUCUUGCUCCUGAGGGCUCUGUUGCAAACAAGUUUUAUGUCCAUAAUGACAUUUUUCGCUACCAAGAUGAAGUGUUUGGUGACUUAGAUGCUGAACCUCCAGAGGAAUCUGAGGAAGAGACAGAAGAACCAGAGGAAAGGCAACAGAUUCCUGAGGCAGUUGCUGAUGAAUCUACAACCUAUUAUGAGCAGUCCGUCAGCAAUGACUUGGAGGAACAGUUGGAAGACCCAGCUGUAGAACCUGAACAAGAUCCAGAGCCAGAACCGGAGCCGGAGCCUGAACCCGAGGUCCAGGAAGAAAAAUCUGAGCCCGUGAUGGAGGAAACGGCUCCUGAGGAGACUGUAGAGAAAAGUCCUUCUCCAGUCCCUGCAGACCCAGCUCCUGUAGUGCAAGAGGACUCAAGGACCUCUUCAUGGGCAUCUGUAACCAGUAAGAACCUACCACCUAGUGGAGCUGUUCCAGUAUCAGGCAUACCACCCCAUGUUGUUAAAUUACCUGCAUCACAGCCCCGUCCUGAAUCUAAGCCUGAAUCCCAGACUCCACCACAGAGGCCUCAGCGGGACCAGAGAGUGCGGGAGCAACGGACAAAUAUCCCCCCACAAAGAGGCCCCAGACCAAUGCGGGAAGGUGAGCAGGGAGACAUGGAAACUAGACGGAUUGUGAGAUAUCCAGAUAGUCACCAGCUGUUUGUGGGAAACCUCCCUCAUGAUGUGGAUAAGUCAGAACUAAAAGACUUCUUCCAAAAACUUGGAAAUUCUCUUGCAGGUUAUGGAAAUGUUGUGGAACUACGUAUCAACAGUGGUGGAAAGCUCCCAAACUUUGGAUUUGUGGUGUUUGAUGAUCCAGAACCAGUUCAGAAGAUCCUUGCCAAUAGGCCAAUCAUGUUCCGAGGAGAAGUGCGUUUGAAUGUGGAAGAGAAAAAAACACGAGCAGCCAGGGAGGGUGAUCGCCGAGACAACAGACCCCGUGGACCUGGUGGCACCCGUGGGGGGCUGGGAGGUGGGAUUCGAGGGCCUCCACGUGGAGGCAUGUCUCAGAAACCAGGAUUUGGCACUGGAAGGGGCAUCGGGCAGCGCCAGUGAUGCAUGGAUGAUGUGAUGAAACAAACCCUUCUUCCUGCAGAUUUGUGAAUUUCAGCCUUGGGUAUCUUGGAAUGUCGCCCUAGCCCUGUUAUAGACUGCUACAUUUGAUACUAUUUUGGCCCACUUUGUUUGUGUUUGGUUUCGUGACUUUUUUUUCCUAGUCCUUGUCCCAGAUUCCAGCUUUGUGGAACAAUAUUUCAGGAAAAAGUGGAUUUUAAAAAGAAAAGAACUGAAUCUUUGCUUGCUACAGACAUAUGGACUGGAUUUUUUUUUUUUUUUUUUGGUACCAAUGGUUUUUCCUAAUGGAAUGUGUGGCGCUUUUUCUCCUUACUGAAAUGGGGUGCGUUUCAGUCAGUGGAAUUAUCCUUUUCAGCUGCAUGUGUUCAGGAGCCCAUGGGAAAACCUAGCACUUGAGAAACAUUUCAAGGGCAGGGGAAUUGUUUAUACCUUGGGGCAGAGCCGGGGGCGGGGUGGGUCACAUGACCUACCCAGUCUGGAGAUGUUGGCUCUUGAAAAAUGACAUUAUCCUUUGUGGCGCUGUAAAAGUGGAAUAAAGGGUAUCCAUAGAAUAUUUUUCUUUUGGUACAUGAUCACGAAAAGGAAUUCUCACUACUGUUUUACCACUUACAAGGAUUGUGGGAUAGGUUUUAAAUGUCUAGAACUUGACUCUUUAAAACACUCUUCCUGAACUUGUGAAACUUUUUUUUAUUGAAAUAGGGAAGGUUUUUCAUGUUUAGUUUGUAUUUGUAUUAAAACAAAAACAAAAUUGUUGUGCCUUCUAUUUAUCUCUCAUUCCAGUCUUGGCAAAUUGUUUUAAAAAAAUAAAAAAAGUCUAGAUUUGCUUUUAUCCA